AAAAAUUUUUCUAAAAAAAAUACUUUAAAAAGGCACUUGAUCAUUCAUACUGGAGAGAAACCAUAUCAGUGUUCACAAUGUCCAAAAGACUUUUCGCAAAGGUCUGACCUAGUAAGUCACAUGAGAACUCAUACUGGAGAGAAACCAUAUAAGUGUUCAGAAUGUAUGAAUACCUUUUCUCAUAGAUCAACAUUAGUAAAUCACAAGAGAACUCAUACUGGAGAGAAACCGUUCCAGUGUUCAGUGUGCCUGAAAGACUUUACAAGAAAACCUUAUUUAGUACAUCACAUUAGAGCUCAUACAGGAGAGAAACCAUAUCAGUGUUCACAAUGUCCAAAAGACUUUUCGAAAAGGUCUGACCUAGUAUGUCACAUGAGAACUCAUACCGGAGAGAAACCAUAUAAGUGUUCAGAAUGUAUGAAUGCCUUUUCUCAUAGAUCAACAUUAGUAAAUCACAUGAGAACUCAUACUGGAGAGAAACCAUAUCAGUGCUCAAUGUGUCUGAAAAACUUUUCUCGAAAGUCUGGUUUAGUAAGUCAUAUGAGAACUCAUACUAGUAAGAUAUGA